UGCAUAUCAAGAUGGUGUCAGACAAAAAUAAUAACAGUGUGUUUGCAACUCUGUCUUGUUCUCUGUAAAACUCUGUUCCAGUUGGCAGUAGCAGCAACUUUGUAGACAGGGGGCUGGACUAAACCUUUUUGUUCGACUUCUACGAGCCCGGUAUUGGUGAGGCUACAGUCCUGUUCACAACAUUUCAUCUAGACAGUGUUGAGCCAUACAGUAAGUAGACCAAGACUUUGCUGACUGUCCCUUGGGCAUCAGAAUACAAAGGUAAGACAGAACACAUUGUUACACAUAUCACAUAUUGGGCUGCAUUGAUAUAACACUUUUUAUACCGCUAUGUCACACACUUGCAUUUACUUGCAAGGUUGCCACAUUUACACAGUGAUUAAACAGCAUAAAUUGCAACUGGACAUGUACUGUAGAAUCUUGCUUAAGGGUACUUUGGGAGAGCCAGGGAUCAAACCAGCAGCCUUCUCGUUGCAAGACCGCAGCAAUUCCACCUGUGCCAACCUGUACAAAGAUUUAAUGGAUCGAGCAAAUCACGAGCAGUCCGGAGAUGAACCGUUCAUCCUUUUUCGUGCAAUACUGACGAGAUUGAACGAUGCCGCCUUUACGGCGAUGUCCCGUGUUCAUCAGCGGGCCAUGCAGGGUGUCAUUGUGAUCUCCGUGCUGGUGCUGCUCCUCUGGAUCUCCGCCUUUUUGUACGGGAGCUUCUACUACUCCUACAUGCCCUUGGCUACUUAUUCGACACCAGUGCACUAUCACUACAGGACAGACUGUGACUCUCCAAACUCAUUCAUGUGCUCGUAUCCUGUGGCCAAUGUCUCACUGAUGAAAAACAACAAACCUGUAUUGACAUUCGGCCAGGCCUAUCAUAUAACUCUCCAACUGGACAUGCCUGAUUCCGAGAUCAACCAGGAGCUCGGCAUGUUCAUGAUCAGGACAACCUGCUUCUCUCGUGAUGGAGGCCAAGUGGCGACGUCUGCUCGUUCAACAAGGCAGCUGCUAUCCACCUCCAGCUCUCGCUUUAGUAUGCUGCGGUACCAGUCCAACCUUCUGAGGACCAUGUCAACGCUGCUGUUCUUCCCAAUGCUGAUGAGUGGAGUUGCUGAGCAGAAACAAGUGUUGACGGUGGAACUCUUCUCAGAAUACACAGACGACCCAUACUCCCCCUCGGCCACAGCCGUCCUUGAGAUCCUAUCCAGCAAGGUGCAGAUCUACUCGUCCCAGCUCUACAUCCAUGCUCAUUUCACUGGUGUAAGGUACUUGCUGUUCAACUUCCCAGUCCUGUCAGCUGUCGUGGGCGUGUCCAGUAACUUUAUGCUCCUCGGCGUCCUCUUGGUCUUCAGCUACAUGCGGCUGCUGUUGGGCAGCCCAGUGCAGCAGGCCCAAAUCAAUACAGCAGGCAGGGUGGGAAAUGGUGAAAACCGCAAUACGCCUACAUGAGACGUUUCAGCUGUGAGCUCUGCGUGAACAAACGACCAGCCCUCUCCUUGGCAUGAAAAGACAAUUUAGUAUGCAUAAAUUGAAAGUAGUAACGUGUUCCUCCUCUAUUAUGCUGUCACAUUCUAUGGGCGUUUCCACUUGAGCUGGACAAAGAAGUUCCAAUGGUGUCUGGUUUCCUCGCACCAGUCUGUUUUGCUUUGUAUGAAGAAAGAUUCUGUUAUAUGGGAAAUUUCUGGAACUGACGGAACACAUCACUUAUAACAACACUAUCAGAAGCACAGACCCGCAUAGUCAACCUACAUUCUAAUAUUUGUUCUGUGAAAUUGUAUCCAUUUAUUCUCAACAGUAUAUUAUCUUCAUUUUGUAGUUUCUUUUUGCUGCACUGCUUCCAUUAUGUUUAUUCUAUGUGUGUUAGAUGUUUUUUUUUGUUGCCCAAUCAGAUUUCAGACUACUACCAUGUCAAUUUCAUAAUAAUGUUCAGAGACUUUAUAUACAGUUUUGCACCUGUUGCUAGGCAUAUAAAAGAAUCAUUUUGA